AUGAACGUGGUGGGAAGGGUUGGGUCCGUGAUCUCGCAGGGAGUGUACUCCGUUGCAACGCCCUUCCACCCGUUUGGUGGUGCGGUUGACAUCAUCGCAGUUGAGCAGCCUGAUGGUUCAUACCGCAGCACACCAUGGUACGUCCGGUUUGGGAAGUUCCAGGGCGUGCUCAAGGGUGCUGAGAAGGUUGUCACCAUCACAGUUAAUGGCGUAGAAGCCAACUUUCACAUGCAGCUUGACAACUCCGGCCAAGCCUAUUUCAUGCGUGAGCUUGUGCCUGGUGGUCAAGAUUCUGGAACAAGUUCAGAAGAAGAAGCUGUCAAUGAGCCUGAACCUCCAGCGCGUAGUAAGAGUGAUGGGGACCUUUACAUUGGUCCUAGUGACAGACUGGGUAGCCAAGAGCUAAAUGUGGAGCAUCAAGAGAAACAAACUAGAGAUGAGUUUGAGUCAUAUGAUGGCUAUGGUAGGUUAGAGGAAUCAGAAGAUUUGCCAACCCAAGCUGACGGGGGAAAUUCAGAGGUGGUUCUAGUUAGUGUGGACGGACAUGUGCUCACUGCGCCUAUUUCUUCAACAGAGGAGGGUAUGGAGGAUGUGCAGUUAAGUGAUCCUCAGUUCCAUUUGGGACCUGGGCAGAGCUCUAGUGGGGACUUCACCCGCAGUGGUGAGGUCUGGGAUGCUGGCAUUUUAGAUGAUUUGUACAUAUCACAAGAAAAGGUAAAGUUUAAUUCUGGACAUCAGUCAGAGGUUUUAGUAGAGAACAGAGAGGUACCAGUUGAGAAGGAUGAGUCACAUCACAUCUCAGUUGAUAAAGAUGAAGCACAUGUGUCAGUCAAUGAAGAUGAAGCUAAUGCUGUGUCUACAAAUGAUGAUGAAGCUCAUGCUGUUUCUGCAAAUGAUGAUGAAGUUCAUGCUGUGUCUACAAAUGAAGAUGAGGCUCAGGAUGUGUCAAGGUCAGGGAACAGUGAUGUGGUUUAUCAAACCAUGACCAGUGAAGGUGAGUCUCGUAGUAUUUUAGGGGACAGAGAUGUGGGCUAUCAAACCUUGACCAGGGAGGAUGACUCUCCUGGUGUUUCAGGGGACAAUGUUGUGGGUUAUCAACCCUUGACCAAUGAACAUAAAGCUCAUGAUAUACUAGAGAACAAUGAUGAGGAUCAACCACCCUUGACCAAUGAAGAUGAAUCUUGUGAUGUGCCAGUACUUGAAAAAGCCAAGGAUUACAACUCCCCAACUAACAAGGAUGAGGUUUGUGAUCUCAAUAAUGAGGAUACUGAGUUGGAGGAUACUGGUGCUAGUUUUGGUAAAAAUGACACUUUCCAGAGCUGCUUGGAUCUGACAUCACAAAUAGAUGACGGGGAUUCAGGAAACGAACUAUUUUCUCCUGGAUCUGAUUAUCAGAGGGAUUCUGAGCUUAGUUUGGGUAACUGUUCUGUUGCUGAAACAGAUCUGGAGGAAGGUGAAACUAAAACUGCUUACUGUGGUCAGUAUGGCCCCUUACAGGAUGGAGUGGAUGUUUCAACAUUUACCUCAGAAGUUGAUAAGACUCAAAACAAAGAGAGUUCUUCUCCUGAAGGAGGUUCUCAUGAUAGGGACAAGGAAAUUGCCUUUGAAAUUGAGGCCGCUGGAUCUGAUGGUUUACAGUCAUCCAUGGCUACCAGUGGUAAAGACAAACUGGGGAGCAUUCCGGAGCACUCUGAAGUUGAAGACGAACAGAAUAAAGAAGAGCAUUCUCAAUCACAGAAGGGCUUGGGGGUUGAGAUUUCUCUUUGUGGGAACAUGUUACGACCAGGAAUGGGUCGAGAAUCUGCUGAGGAAGCAUUUCAACAGCAUCUUGUCAAUGAGGAGGAUUUCAAAUCAUCUGGGUCAACACUGAUAAAAAAUGCAAACCUUAUUGUCAAAGUUGACAAUAAUUAUUUCCCCUGGAGUAAAGUUUCUCAUGUUAUUCUUGGGAAGGCUGUAUUUGGUUCAAAGUUCUCCAUAGAACCCACUGAUGCUAUUCCGGUUGAACAUCAGGAAACACCCAAUUCAAGAGAAGACUCUCUUAGAAUAUCUCCCUCAAGCCGGAGAUGGAGGCUUUGGCUCAAUCCCUUUCGGAUAACAAGAUCCCUUCAACGUAGUAACAGUGAUUCUUCCGAAGACAUUUUCCUUGACUCAGAGUCUGUUUUGAGUCCAAUAGAUGAGCAAACUCUGGAGAACAACAAAAACCAGUCACCUAGAAAGCAAUUUGUACGGACUUUGAUUCUCACAAGUGAACAGGUAGCAUCUUUAAAUCUGAAGGAGGGCCAAAAUUUGGUGACCUUUAGCUUCUCAACCAGGGUUCUUGGGAAGCAACAGGUUGAUGCACAUAUUUACUUGUGGAAAUGGAACGCUAAAAUUGUGAUAUCUGAUGUGGAUGGCACCAUAACAAGGUCUGAUGUGUUGGGUCAGGUCAUGCCUUUGGUUGGACGAGAUUGGAGUCACUCUGGUGUUGCUCGACUUUUUUCUGCAAUAAAGGAAAACGGUUAUCAACUACUAUUCCUUAGUGCUAGAGCAAUUGUUCAGGCAUAUCUCACAAAGAACUUCCUCUUCAAUCUUAAACAGGAUGGGAAAGCACUACCCAAUGGACCUGUUGUAAUUUCACCUGAUGGCUUGUUUCCUUCACUCUACCGAGAAGUUAUACGGAGAGCCCCACAUGAAUUCAAGAUUGCAUGUCUGGAGGACAUUAAGGCGCUCUUUCCUUCUGAUUACAAUCCAUUUUAUGCUGGGUUUGGCAACAGAGACACUGACGAGCUCAGUUACAAGAAGAUGGGAAUACCUAAAGGCAAGAUUUUUAUCAUCAACCCAAAGGGUGAAGUGGCUGUGAACAGUUCUGUUGAUGUCAAGUCUUAUACCUCCUUACAUACUCUUGUCCAUGACAUGUUUCCACCAACAACUCUGGUUGAGCAGGAAGACUACAAUAACUGGAAUUACUGGAAGGUGCCGUUGCCAGAUGUUGAUUUGUAG